AAGCACAGCCUAAUCUAUAUCCCUUCCUACCUUCCUAACCUACAUGCUUUCCUUUUGCUCACCGCUCUCUUUUAACUGUCCAAAUCAAGAGCCACAACAAACUGUUUUCCCGUGGCCGUAUGGCCUCAAAGCCGGCAGGUUGUGAAUAACCACCAGGGCCCCAAGGAAAUCGAGAAUGGCUGCCAGCUCUGCUUCCGGGGAAAAUCCCAUCUCAGGGUUGAAGAAGGUGAAGGAGGGGCAUGUUUGGGGGAUCCCGAUAUCUACUAUUGUUUCUCACUUCGGUACGAGUGGAAUUUCUGUUGCUGCUGCCACUGGCAUCACCCACCCUUUAGAUGUUCUUAAGGUGAGGCUGCAAAUGCAGCUUGUUGGCCAGAGAGGUCCCUUAAUUGGAAUGGGAGGACUUUUUGUUCAAUUAGUCAAAAGUGAGGGGAUGAAGUCCUUGUAUCUGGGAUUAACACCUGCAUUAACAAGGUCAGUUCUUUAUGGUGGUCUCCGUUUAGGCUUAUAUGAACCAUCAAAAUAUGUCUGUGAAUUGGCUUUUGAGUCCACCAAUAUCUUGGUGAAGAUUGCUUCUGGAGCAUUUUCUGGUGCCAUUGCUACAGCACUGACCAAUCCAGUGGAAGUCUUGAAGGUACGAUUACAGAUGAAUGCAACUUCAAGCAAAGGACCACUACACGAACUCCAGAAGAUUGCUCAUGAAGAGGGCAUGGCUGCUCUUUGGAAGGGGAUUGGUCCUGCCAUGACUAGAGCUGCUGCAUUGACUGCCUCUCAACUGGCAACUUAUGAUGAAUCCAAGCAGGCACUAAUGAGGUGGACUCCUCUUGAAGAAGGAUUUUAUCUGCAUUUAAUCUCAAGUACGAUAGCAGGUGCAGUCAGCACCCUUAUGACUGCUCCCAUGGACAUGGUUAAAACCCGUCUUAUGUUGCAACGAGAAUCUAAGCAAGUUGGAAUGUAUAAAAAUGGAUUUCAUUGUGCGUAUCAGGUUCUGCGUACAGAAGGUCCUCGGGGGCUCUACAAAGGAGGCCUCACCCUUUUUGCAAGAUUGGGACCCCAGACUACAAUCACCUUCAUAAUCUGUGAAAAGCUACGUGAGCUUGCAGGAUUGAAGGCAAUCUAGGUUACAAGAUAUUCUUCUAUCUAGCAAAGGAGCUAGAGUUUACAUUAUUUGGACGCUAUGCUUAUAUACAUUUUUAAGAUACACAAAUAGAACUCUUCGGUCCUGAACCAGGAGAUUACAAACUGCCUCACUAAUUCAGUAUCUUCCUCAUGCUAGAGUUGCUUCCAAUUGUCAUUUUCACAUACUUAUAGCCCAUUUUUGCUUCAAUAUCUGAUAGCAUUAUCAAUUUUUAUGAUUGUUUUGAUCUGUAAGGCCUGCUUAUUUUCUUUGUAAAGCAGCAGCAUUCGCCCUUGUACUCGCACAUUUUUUUCGUCAUUGUAACGAUUAACUAUUGAAUCGAUAGUAAUAUAUUGAUGAUCUCGUGGAGUUUGAUAAUAUGUAA